ACAGCUCGCCUGCUCCACUUCCAUUUCGCUCUCGGUGCAGACUGCUGCUGCUAAGCACACAGUUCCCAGGAUAACUCCCAUCAGAAGGUCCACAGUGUAGUCCAAAGGAACGUUUAUACUUAUCAAACUUUGCAGCACCUCGACCGUGUUUCUUAUCAAAGGCUGCACGCCCAGGCUUAGGGACGGUGUCCCGGGUUUUUGCAAGGCGAGCAGCUGCCACUCAUUUGGACUUCCAUACGUCUGCUUCCGUACGUCUGUAGGAGGAAGUGGGACGUCAGUUCUGGUUGCGCUCGGAUUGACAACCUUCAGAGGAGACUGGGAAGGACUGGGAGUCGCCCUGCUGUUUACUUCACAGCGGACUAAUACCGUCUCCUUCGUCUGGUUGUGGACCGUGAGACAAUAGCGACAGGUGCAUUAUGGGAGACACACGUUUUCUGUGCAUUUCCCUGCUGGCUCUAAGCCUGGCGUCUGUCUCAGGCCGCCCUGAGGACACUCUGAGAAAAAUAAAAGAUCUUGGGGACAAAGACUUUGGCCACAAUUUCCCACGGCACGGGUUGAACCUCCUGUACUGGUUCUGCCGUGAGUACAUCACGUUUGAUAACAACGACAACAUGCAACCGGCAAAGGACCCCAAACAAGCUGCAUUUGGAUUUCAUUACUAUGGAAACAAAGAGGACCUUCUCCCUUCGUUGCGCAACCAGAAGGGGUACGCCUACUACACCGUUGGCAACCUGUUCGACGACAGAAACUUACCCCAGGGCGAAAAAAUGCCAGAUUACGUCUCGGAGGAGUUUGGACGUUCCAAGAACCUGGAUUCCCGCGAUCAGAACAACAAGGACCGGAUCAUCGUCAGGAGGACGCCGUACGGCGCUAUCGACCGCGUCUACAUCACACAGCACUACGACUACAGCAGCGACCGCGGGAGCCAGUACGACCCGGACAACACGUACGCCGUCGGCACCGACCUCAUCAGGGCCGUACGCAACCUCACGCGCGAGAAGUUCCUCAAACCCUUCGCUCCGAGGACCCGGGGCCACUACGCCCUGUGCCAUCCGGAGAGAGGCUCCGGCCCGCCGAAAAACUCCGAGGAGUGCAGCCACAGGUUCUCGGACGGAAGCGGCCAAUCAGCCGGCAGCACCCUGGUGUGCCUGUGCUGUGCGGUGCUGGGACUGCUCAUUGGCUGUUUCCAGUAAGGGUGCAAACCUCGGCCUUCAGCACAAAAGCAAUACCAUUUUGAUUCUUGAGGCGACGGUUCGAUAUUUGGCAAUACCGAAAAGUUUGAUACGAUCCAAAAGCUAUAUAUAUAUAUAUAUAUAUAUAUAUAUAUAUAAUAUAUACAGUACUGUCCAAAAGUCUUAGG